AUGGACCCAAACGCCAGCGGACUCACCAAGAGGUUGGCUGAAGCCGGCCAGUCGCACCUCCUGCAGUUUUGGAAAGAGCUGGGCCCCAAGGAGCAGAGCGACCUGACCCUCGACCUGCAGGGGAUGGACUUUCAGGAGAUCAACGGGUUCUUCAAGAAGACCACGGAGACUUCCGGCAGCAGCAACCAGGAGAUGGACGCCCGCUUGGAGCCGGUGCCCCGGGAGGUCCUGGGGAGUGUGACGAGGGACCGGGAGAGCCUCAAAGACUGGGAGGAAGCAGGUCUACACUGCAUCUCUCAGAGUAAAGUGGCGGUCCUGCUGCUGGCUGGGGGCCAGGGAACCAGACUGGGGUUCUCUUACCCCAAAGGCAUGUACGACGUGGGGCUGCCGUCCCACAAAACCCUCUUUCAGAUCCAGGCCGAACGCAUUUUCAAACUUCAACAGCUGGCUGAGCAGAAGCACAAAAUCAAGUGCUGUCUUCCCUGGUACAUCAUGACCAGCGGCAGGACAAUGCAGUCCACCAAGGACUAUUUCUCCCGAAAUAGCUAUUUUGGCUUGGACAAGAACAACAUCAUCUUCUUCCAGCAGGGCAUGCUACCAGCCAUGGACUACAAUGGCAAGAUCAUCCUGGAGAACAAAGGGAAGCUCUCCAUGGCCCCUGAUGGGAAUGGGGGUCUUUACCGAGCUCUGAGGAACCAGGGCAUCAUGGACGACAUGGAGCGGAGAGGGGUUGAAUUCAUCCAUGUGUACUGUGUAGAUAACAUCCUGGUCAAAGUGGCGGACCCCUCCUUUGUUGGUUUCUGUGUGAAGAAGGGAGCAGACUGUGGAGCUAAGGUGGUGGAGAAAACCAACCCGACGGAGGCGGUGGGUGUGGUCUGCAAGGUGGACGGGCGUUAUCAGGUGGUGGAGUACAGCGAGAUCACUCUGGCGACCGCUCAGAAGCGCAGCGCUGACGGUCGACUGAUGUUCAACGCCGGAAACAUUGCCAAUCACUUCUUCAGCUUCUCCUUCCUCAGAGACGUCGUACAGAAGUACGAGCCAGAGCUGCAGCACCACGUGGCCCAGAAGAAGAUCCCAUACGUGGAUACGGAGGGUCAACUAAUCAAACCAGACAAACCAAAUGGGAUUAAAAUGGAAAAGUUCGUCUUUGACAUCUUCCAGUUUGCCAAGACGUUUGUUGUGUACGAGGUGCUGCGGGAGGACGAGUUCUCCCCGCUGAAGAAUGCAGACAGCCAGGACGCAAAGGACACGCCCACCACAGCCAGACACGCCCUCAUGUCCCUCCACCACCGCUGGGUGCUCAACGCCGGGGGCCACUUUAUCGACGAGAACGGCAGACACGUGCCCGCCAUACCCAGAGACGGAGCAGCAGGCCGUUUCACAGAUGAUGGCAACAGAAACCUGAAGGACGGAACAGACCUGCCAAUCAAAUGUGAGAUUUCCCCGCUGGUGUCCUACGGGGGAGAGGGCCUCGAGGAGCUGGUGAAGGGACGAGAGUUUCAUGCAACCCUGAUGAUCGACGGGAACGGAGUCCACGAGCUGGUGAAGAACGGAGUGUAGACGAUGAAGGCGAGAGAGACGAGGGUGAAGGGGGGUUGACAACCCGAAGACCAACCUCCCUUUUGUCUCUCAACAUUUUGCUGGGGAGAAACUGUGAUGUCAUCACUGUGCAAUAAUAACAAAUGUCGCGUCCAGGUGUUCCUGAAAGAGGCCGCCCUCUCCAAAAUGAAUGAACGAGCCGGAUGAAUUUUACUUUUCAGCGGCAUGUUUUUUUUUUGUUUUUUUUUUCCUCUGCUUUGUAUGUUGACAUCAUACCUGGUUCAUGUUUGUUUUGAAGAGCACUUGAACACAGCAUAAGAUGAAGGACGAAAUCCCUGUCACACCGGCUGGAUGAAGCAGUCUUCAGGUGCAUCUAUUUAUUCUGCUGAUGAGACUUAUUUUUAUAUGUACUGAUAGAUGCUCUAUAGGUGGAAACGACCAUCUAAUCAUUUUACCUGGUGAUUUUUAUACGACGUAGGACUGAGAUGAUCAGAAAGAUGUUUCUUACUAGCAUGUAAUUGAGGUACAUGGUACGGGCUGUGGGGGGGGGGGGGUAUUUAUAAUCUGAUUAGAUAUUAUUCAGCUUUAAGAGAUACUAUGAUUUCUUUAUUAAAGAAAUUUCCUAAUUGGAAA